CGCUACUUCUUACAUUUAACAAUUUGAGUAAUUUAGCAGACACUCUUAUCCAGAACGAAUAACAGUAGUGAGGUUUCGUACUUUCUUCCCGUACUGGUCCCCCGUAGGAAUCGAACCCAAAACCAUGGUCUACCAACUGAGCCACAAGGGACCAUAUGCUGCUCAAACGAUCCCCGGUGAUGAUAAAACAAAGCUAGACCUAAAAGAGAAGAAGCUUGUUGAAGAGGCAGAAAAUGGAAAAGAGACCCCAGCCAAUGGAAAAGCUGAGGCUGAGGAGAAUGGUGAUCAAGACAAUGAUCUAGAGGAGGAUGAUGAUGAUGUGGGAGAGGAGGAGGAUGAGGAAGAUGAUGCUGAGGUUGAUGAAGAAGAUGAGGACGAUGAGGUCGAGGGUCGUGCAGGCAAGAGGGUGGCAGAAGAUGACGAUGAUGACGAGGAUGAUGUUGGAACAAAGAAGCAGAAAACCGCCGAUGAUUAAGAGUUGUGUGUUCAACCCCCUGGAAGCUGCUGCAACCUCUCUCCUUAAGCGCCGAACGUUUUGGAGGGAAACUGUGGUCAUCAUCAAGUAGAGUUCAACGUCCGUGUACACACACACAAAACUGCAAUUUUUUUUAGAAAACCCAAGACUUCAAAGUUCUACCUUCUUAACAAGAUACAGUACUUUAAAAUGAGAAUUUGUUUGUAUUUUUAUUUACAUUUUAUAUUUUUGUACAUAUUGUUAGGAGGUCAGCCAUUUUUCGACAGUGAUCUCUGGUUACCAAACGGUGCUUUGAAGUUGAUGCUUCUCUAUGAAAUAGACUUUACUUGUGGUUUGACCAUGCCAUGCUAUCUCAACACAAACUUGUACACAUUUCAGAAAACAAUUCAAUUCAAAGCAUUCCAAUAACUUUGUAAUUGUACUUUAGUUGUACCAUACAAAGUUGGUUUGUAUGAGAUGGCAAGGCCAAAGAAAAUAGGUUUAUUUUCUGUCUGUUAAAUGGCUGUCUGUUAUGGUCUGUGUAAUGUAUGUGUGAAUUUCUUGUAUGACAAUAAACCUGAAUUUUAUUUUGUGA